CCCCUCCCAACCAUCAACGAUGCCUCUCCUCCACUCCACACUGCUACAACUCCGAUCCCCUCUCCUACCGUCGCCGUCGGAUUCGCCUGUGGUGCCUUCGUCUCCUGCUCCAGCUGCAUCGCCUCCGGUAUCAUCUCCGGGUUUUCCCUUGAUAUUUCAGUGCCACUUUCCCUCUUCUCUUUCAAUACACACAACGUUCCCUCACCAACUCCAUCUUCGGAACCAGCCGGCCGGAUCUUUCGCGAGUGCCGUCAUCGCCGAAGCCUUCCAGGUCCCUCAUCGACAACUCAACUUUUGCGAAUGGCUCGAUAUUGAGAUUGGGAAGUCAGAUCCUGCCAAACAACCCCUAAGAUCAUCUCACAAAAGGAAAAGAUCGCAACGAUCACCUUCUUCUCGGUCAAAAUCAAUUCCUCCAUUCCCACCCUCAACUACGGAAUUCGAUCAACAAGAUCCUCUUUCAGAUCCUCCUGAAACUAAUUGUAAUUCAUAUUUUACAACCAAAACCACUAAUCAAUUUUCUGCUAAGGAAUAUGAGGUCACGAUAACAAUUGGAAACCUGAUUGGAUUCAACAUUGACGCAAAGAACCCAAUGCUUAGGGCAAUUCAUGGCAAUUCCGGCGAGAAGGUUGGUUUACAAUGA